CAGAAGAAUAUAUAUUUCAUUGCAGAGAAGCUUGAAGAUUGCAUUAGAGAGGUGAGGCCUCAAAAUGUGAUCCAAAUCAUUACUGAUUACGCUUCGGCAUGCAAGGUCACAGGGGCAGUUAUGGAGGGUAAAUUUCCACACAUCUUAUAGACUCCAUGUGUUGUUCACACUCUAAAUCUAGCCCUUAAGAAUAUCUGUUGCGAAGAAUACAGAGGCUAAUGCAAUUGCUUAUGCAGAGUGAUGUUGGAUUACAGAGGUAUCCGAUGAUGCUUUGAUGAUUAAGAACUUCAUCAUGAAUCACUCAGUGAGGUUGGCUAUGUUCAAUGAUCAUCCGAAGAUAAAGCUUCUUUCAAUUGCUGAUACCCGAUUUGCUUCAUGGAUCAUCAUGCUAAAGAGGUUCAUAGUGAUCAAGAGAAGCCUCCAAGAUAUGGUUCUUAGCGACCGUUGGAGUUUGUACAGAGAUGAUGAUGUGGGAAAAGCACAGUUUAUUAAAGAGAAAGUGCUUGAUGAUUUGUGGUGGGAUAGGGUGGAUUAUAUUAUUGCUUUCACUGCUCCUAUAUAUGAUAUGAUCCGGCUCACUGAUACCGACAAGCCCAACCUUCAUUUGGUAUAUGAUAUGUGGGAUACAAUGAUUGAGAAUGUGAAUGUUGUUAUUUAUAGACACGAGGGCAAAAUAAAAAAUGAUCCCUCCUCAUUUUAUGAUGUCGUACACAAGAUCUUGGUGGAUAGAUGGAAUAAGAGAAACACGCCACUUCACUGCUUGGCGCACUCUUUGAAUCCAAGAUAUUAUCAUGAGACAUGACUCAAUGAGAAUAUCCAUCGGCAAGCACUCCAUCAGGAUGAGGAGAUCUCUUCGAAAAGGUUCAAGUGUCUGAGGAGAUAUUAUCCUAAUGUCGAUGAACGGAGGGCGGUUAACUUGGAAUAUGCUAGAUUCUCGGCCGCUCUUGACACUUUUAGUGAUCCAGAUGCUCUUGCUGAUAGAGGAUUGAUGGAUCCAAAACCAUGGUGGGUGCUCUAUGGAUCCUCAGCUCCAAAUCUAUAAGCAUUGGCCUUAAAGCUUCUUGUUGAUAGAGGAUUGAUGGAUCCAAAACCAUGGUGGGUGCUCUAUGGAUCCUCAGCUCCAAAUCUACAAGCAUUGGCCUUAAAGCUUCUGGGCUAACCCUGCUCAUCCUCUUGCUGCGAAAGGAAUUCGAGUACAUACUCAUUCAUUCACUCUUUGAAGAGGAACAAGAUGAUAUCGACAAGGGCAGAAGAUCUUGUGUAUGUGCAUAGCAAUCUUCCUUUGCUUUCUCGGUCAUCCCAAGAAUAUCAAGGAGAAUCGAAGCUGUGGGAUAUUGGUGGAGAUGCAUUCAACUCAUUUCAGGAUGCCGGAAUUCUUGAUGUCGCAACCUUGUCUCUUGAUGAACCCACCACGGAGGCCGUAUUGUUUGCUUAUAAUGAAGGCAAUGAAGAAGUCAUCGGACUAGCUUUCACUUCAU